UGUGCUUUUAAUGUUUCUUUUCCAUAGAAAACCUGCGCAACCAUAAUGCUCCCCUGUGGCCUACUCACACGUCAAGAGGAGCCAGUGCCACUGAAGAGCAUCUCUGUGACCUUGUCUAUACGUGAGUUUGUGGCUGGUGUAUCUGCAACCUUAAACUAUGAGAAUAAGGAGAAAGUUCCUGUGGAGGCCUUCUUUGUGUUUCCCAUGGAUGAAGACUCAGCUGUCUAUAGCUUUGAGGCCUUGGUGGAUGGAAAGACAAUUGCAGCAGAAUUAAAGGACAAAAUGAAGGCUCACACCUCCUAUGAGAAUGCCAUCGCUCAGGGCCACCAGGCUUUCCUACUGGAGGAGGACACAAGCUCCAGGGAUGUCUUCAGUUGCAAUGUGGGCAACCUGCCUCCUGGGUCGAAGGUGUCACUCACCCUGAAGUACGUGCAGGAGCUGCCCCUGGAAGCAGAUGGGGCCCUGCGCUUUGUGCUCCCAGCUAUCCUGAAUCCUCGAUACCAUCUCUCCCGAUGGCCUGCAAACACAUGCCUUCAAAUUAAGGCUCCUGCAGUUGCUUUGGAUAAAAUGCCAUACACACUCAGCAUGAUCGCCACCAUCAGUUCCCAGCAUGGCAUUGAGAAGGUCCAGUCCAACUGCCAUUUGACUCCUCUUGAGUACCUUGGAAAUGAUAAGACUAUGGCCCAGAUUUCCCUGGAUGAUGGACACAAAUUUGAUCAAGAUGUGCAGCUUCUGAUUUACUACAGUGAGGUGCAUACCCCCAGUGUAGCUUUGGAAAUGGGGAAACCAAAAACAAAUUCAGAUUGUUUUAUGGAAGAACCAACUGCGAUGGUGAGUUUCUAUCCUGAUAUCCCAGAAGCUCAGCCACCAAUCACUUGUGGAGAAUUUAUCUUCCUCAUGGACCGCUCAGGAAGUAUGCAGUGCCCUAUGAGUAAACAGAAUAAAUCCCAGAUGCGUAUAGAUGCUGCUAAGGAGACAUUGAUUUUGCUGCUGAAGAGUUUACCUGUAGGCUGCUAUUUCAACAUCUUUGGAUUUGGAUCUUCCUAUGAAUCAUUUUUUCAGGAUAGUGUGAGGUACACUCAACACACAAUGGAAGAAGCCUUGCGGAAAAUCAAUCUUAUGACGGCCGAUCUAGGGGGCACUGAAAUCUUAGCACCACUCAAUGCCAUAUAUGGGUCACCCACCAUCCCUGGCCACCCCACACAGCUUUUUGUCUUCACAGACGGAGAAGUUACUGACACAUUUAGUGUUAUUAGAGAAGUUAAGAGCAACAGCAAAAGACACAGAUGCUUCUCAUUUGGUAUUGGAGAAGGGGUUUCCACCAGCCUGAUCAAAGGCAUUGCUCGUGUAACAGGGGGCACGUCAGAGUUUAUCAAUGGCAGGGACCGGAUACAAUCCAAGGCUCUUUUGGCUCUGAAGCGUUCUCUGCAGCCUGUGGCAGAGGACUUCUCACUGAACUGGUCUUUGCCUCUUGGUCUGUCUGCUAAAUUGCUCUCCCCAGAACAAUCAGUCAUCUUUAGAGGUCAGAGGUUAAUCAUAUAUGCCCAUUUGAAAGGGCAUAUGCCGCCCAAAGAGGCAAGAGCAGAUGUAUGCCUCAAGUACACACUACAGGGCAAGAGUUAUGAGAAUAAAGUGACAUUUUAUCUACAUCCCAAGCCUGAUACCAACUUCACCAUUCACCGCCUUGCUGCCAAGUCCUUACUCCAGAUGAAGGACAUGGGCUACAGAGAGACUCCAGCCAAUGAUAAAAAAGAAGUUGUGAAGAUCAGCCUUGAGUGUGGAGUCAUAAGCUCUCACACAGCAUUUAUUGCAGUCAACAAGGAUCUCAAUCAGCCAGUGCAGGGGCCUCUCGUUCGUAGGGAUAUUCCAAGGCCAAUUUUGUUGGGUGCACUCUCAGCAAGGCCAUGUUAUGGAACUUAUUCAAAGGCCUCCUACUUUAUGCCUCCAGUUGAAUGCAUGGGAAGCAUUCCUUAUUUCUCGAGCAUGCCAUAUCAUCCAAGAAACAAUGGAAGCUCAAAUAUUUUCGGUCGCUGUAGGCCAAUGAGUUACAGAGAAAUGUACACUCUAGAAAAGGGCAAGUUCAAAGCUCCAUUUGCCCAACAAAUGAAGAGAUGCAUGGUUCUCCAAGAGGCCUGCCUUCAGAUGGAAAGUAGUCGUUCUUCCACCAACAGGAACAACUUGGAAACUGACCAGGCAGGUGAAGUUUUUGGAGACAAUCAUCUUGUGCAGCUAAUUUCACUCCAAAAGGCAGAUGGUUCUUGGGAUGUGAAUGAAGGUCUGGCCUUGGUCCUAGGGAUGAGUGUGGAAGAUAUACUGGCUGGCUUUCCUUUUAAGGAUAUGGAUUCUGCAGGCUGGGCUACCGUCCUGGCUGUAAUCUGGUUGCAUGUCCGGGGUAAGGAUCUGCAGAGUGAGUGGGACAUGCUGGCAAGGAAGGCAGUGGCCUGGAUUCACAUUAAUGUAGGCUCUGCCAUGCAUCAGCUUGUGGAAGCUGCUGUUUGUCUCCUGAAGUCAAAUGUGGAUCCUAAAAAGAUAACUCUCUGA